AUGACCCCGGAUCUUUUGUUUUCUGGAGUAUUUCCGGUGCCGGGUGAGCUUUUAUUUGGACGACACCGAGAAGUUGGCGAAGAGCUUCGAGUGCCGGGGUCGGGUGGAAUGUCGUUUCAUGACAGGGGCAGGCGCCGGGCAGCGGGACAGGAAGAGGAGGAGGAGGACCCAGUGGAUCAGAUGAUCUCGCGGACGGGCUGUGCCAGCUACCACCAUGCGGUGCAGGACUGUAUGGCAGAGCACCAGGACUGGCGUCGGUGCCAGGGGCCCGUGCAGGCGUUCAAGCAGUGCAUGGCAGAUCACCAGAGGGAGCGGGUGUCUCCGAGGGUCCCAAGACAGCCCAAACCAGCUACCACCUGACCACCCGCAGCCCGUGAAAUCUCACCCCCCCCCACCCAUCAAACACGGAAAACCCUACGGGAACCUUUCCUGAGGCAGCACAGAGCGAGAGAUCCUUCGGCCCAUCUAGUCCUCCCCUUCCUCUGCCUAACCAGCACCAGUUUCAAAAUUACAUUUAUUAUCAGACUUAUAUCACUUGGAAUUUGUUCUGUGGCAACAGUAGAAUGCGAAGACAUAAAAAUACUAUAAUUUUUUUUUAAAUGUUUUAAUAAAAUGAAUAACGGGG